AUGGUGGAUUUGUCAAAAUUUAAACAAAAGCAAGGAGAAAGUGCAGAACAGUACAUCGACAGGUUUAAAAAAGUAAAAAAUAGAUGUCAUGUGUACAUGCCUGAAAUAGAAGUUAUAAGGUUAGCCCAGAAUGGUUUAGACUUUGAACUUAGGAAAAAAUUUGAAGGCAUGAUGUUUAGAGACCUGUUUGAGUUAUCUUCAAGGGCAACUAGUUAUGAGGCCAUUCUCAGAGAAGAGCAGCAGAGAAAUGCAACCUCAUUAGGAACUUAUUACCAAGAGGUUGAAUUUGAUAUUGAUAUCGACAUAGAUGUUGCUCAAGUAAUAGAUAAAAAACUUGUGGCUUGUGAAACAUUAAGGAAAGCUAACAAACCUGUAAGUAUGCCAACAACACAGCCAGCCAAAAAGAAUGUGGUUGUAUCACAUAGGCAGUAUUCUUUUGAUUUAUCAAAAGCAGAUGCAUUAUUUGAUGAAUUAUUAGCAAAUAAAUUUUUAACUCUGAUUCCAGGCCACAACAUUCCCAAAGAAAGGGACAGGCUUGGCAAGGAGUAUUGUAAGUGGCAUAAUUCUUUCAGGCAUUCCACUAAUAACUGUGUUACAUUUCACAAUUGUGUGCAGGAUUUAAUUCAAAAGGGAAUGUUGAAGUAUACUGAAAAAGAUAAAGGGGUCAUGGCAGUGGAUAAUGAUCCAUUUCCCAAUAUUGUGGAAAUCAAUAUGGUAGCAACUGAUUUUCAGUCAAAUGAUCAAAAGAAAAAAGAAAAAAACCCUAGAGUUCUCUUGGUAUAG